CAACCAAACCAUCCCCAAUCUCCCCCCAAUAGGAUUACGAACAAUUGAUCGAGCUAGGGUUUCUUUGCUUUUAAUUUGGGUAUAAUAAAUUGUUCUGAUUGGAGAUGGCGGUGUUGCUGGAAGAUAUUGUGAAGUCUGUGGAGCACCUGUUGAACCUGAUUGGGAAGAAAAGCCAGGAGCAGUCGUACGUGGACCCCACGCUCGACCCGGUUCUCCUCGUGCCCGGGAUCGCCGGUUCAAUUCUCAACUCCGUCGAUGACAAGACCGGUAAAAAGGAGAGGGUUUGGGUGCGGAUUCUUGGGGCCGAUCACGAGUUCCGGAACAAGCUCUGGUCUCGCUUCGAUCCUGCCACCGGUAGUACGGUGACCUUAAAUGCUGACUCGCAUAUUGAGGUUCCAGAAGACAGAUAUGGAUUAUAUGCUAUUGACACGUUGGAUCCUGACAUGGUAAUCGGUGGUGACUGUGUAUAUUAUUUUCAUGACAUGAUAGUUGAGUUUCUCAAAUGGGGCUACAAAGAGGGGACAACACUUUUUGGGUUUGGAUAUGAUUUCCGCCAAAGCAAUCGAUUCGAGGGAACACUAGAGCGCCUGGCAUCAAAGCUUGAGUCUGUGUAUACUGCAUCCGGUGGAAGGAAAAUAAACAUAAUAAGUCAUUCUAUGGGUGGUCUUCUGAUAAAAUGUUUUAUGAGCCUGCAUAGCGAGAUAUUUGAAAAGUAUGUUAAAAGUUGGAUUGCAAUAGCUGCACCAUUUCGAGGUGCGCCUGGAUAUAUAACCUCUGCAUUCUUGAAUGGAACAUCAUUUGUUCAAGGGUGGGAGCAGAACUUUUUUAUCUCAAAAUGGAGUAUGCAACAAUUGCUAAUUGAAUGCCCGUCAAUAUACGAACUGAUGGCAUGCUUAGAUUUUAAAUGGGAACACGUUCCACUUCUUGAGAUCUGGAAACAGAAACGUGAUAGCAAUGGAAAUGCAACAGACACAGUGAUGCUAGAGUCUUAUCCACCGGCAGAAGCUAUACCAAUCUUUAUGGAAGCUCUUUCUGCGAACAAGGUCAGUUACGACGGCGAUGAUAUUUCCAUGCCAUUUAAUACAGAUAUCUUGAAAUGGGCUAACGAGACACGCAAAUUGUUGAGCUCUGCUGAGGUUCCCGAUCAAAUUAAGUUUUACAAUAUCUACGGCACAAACAACAACACGCCUCAUAGUGUUUGUUAUGGAAGCGCGGAAACUCCUGUGGCUGAUUUGCAUCAACUACCAAAUCUCGUGGCCAGGUACAUAUAUGUGGAUGGUGAUGGAACUGUUCCAACAGAAUCUUCCAAGGCGGAUGGGCUUCGUGCAGUAGCAAGGGUUGGAGUACCUGGGGAUCACCGAGGGAUCCUGUGUGAUCGCCAUGUGUUCAGGAUUCUGAAGCAUUGGCUAAAGGCAGAUCACGAUCCUUUAUACAACCCGAUAAACGACUAUGUAAUUAUACCUACAGCAUUUGACAUUGAAAGCCUCAAAACAGAGGGUCUGCAAGUUACUCGUCUGAAAGAGGAGUGGGAGAUUAUCGGGGAAGAAAAUCGAGACUGCAACAAACGAGAUGGAAAGCCAUUUGUCAGUGAAAUUGAUAUUAUAUCUUGUGUGGGAGGUGACAAUAAUAAAUCUUUGAAGGAAGAAGCUCAUGCUAGUAUAGUCAUUCAACCUCAAAACAACGGGAAGACGCAUGUCGAGCUUAAUGCCGUGUCUAUAUCAGCUGCAACUGCGUAGAAAUCCUCCAAAUUCACUAUACAUGUUAUGUAAAUAUUGGAAAAAUUGUAUACUUAAUCUGUAAAUUAUAUGUUGUAAACUGAAAUUAUUAUCUUAAAGUUUACACCAAGAAUGCGAAUUUAUUCAAUUA